AUGUCUCUACCUGCCACCAUCAAUGCUAUUCAGGUCGAAUCUCAGGGCAAAGCUGUCAUCAAGGAAGUGCCUCUGCCCAAGCUUCGUGAAGACUACUCACUCGUUCGCACUACUGCAGUUGCAGUGAACCCGAUAGACUGGAAACUCAUAGAUUUCGAUCAAGGGCUCGCUGGUACAACUGUUGGUUGUGACUAUGCUGGUGUUGUGGAGGCAGUUGGACCUAAUUUAACCAAGCCAUUCAAAAAGGGCGAUCGAAUUGCGGGAUUAGCCCAUGGUGCGAAUAAGGUUCAGCCUGAAAAUGGUACCUUUGGCGAAUACAUAGUCGUAAAGGCUGGUGUUGCGUUCAAGAUUCCGGCUGCCAUCAGUGAUGAAGAGGCUGCUAGUCUGGGACUGGGUAUUGCCACUGUAGCCCAAGGUCUUUAUCGAUCUCUGAAACUACCUUUACCAGCCAAACCGAUUAGCGAGUCGGCGACUAUAUUGAUAUAUGGCGGAGCGACAGCCACGGGCAUUCUAGGAAUACAAUACGCUAAGUUGUCUGGCUUCACCAUUGUGACAACCUGCUCCCCCCAAAACUUCGCGUAUGUGAAUUCUCUUGGUGUCGAUGUGGUUUUCGAUUACACAGACGCUGAGCGCUGUAUCGCCGAUAUCCGCGAAUUUACGCAAGGGCAGUUACGUCUUGCAUGGGAGUGUGUUGCUAACCCAGCUACGGCGAGCAUUUGUGCACGUGCCUUAUCCACCAACGAGAAAUCUGAUUACAGCUCACUCCUGCCUAUAAAUCCCAAGGAUAUCAUGGCGAUCAAUUCCAAUAUCAAUGUCAGGACCUCAGUGGCAUGGAUGUGCCUAGGUGAGCGCACUGAAGAGUUCGGUGCAGUUUCUGAAGCAAAUCACGAAGAAUACGAGUUCGGGACAGCUUUCUUCGACUUGAGCAGGGAGCUGUUAGCAGAUGGGAAGCUGAAACCUGCGCGGCAGUCAGUUAACGCGACCGGAGGUGGGCUUGCCGGUGCGCUCAAAGGCAUCGAGGAAUGUAGAUAUGGAAAUGUGAGAGGGGCGAAGCUUGUCUAUACCUUGUAA